AAUUACCGUGAUAGCCCCCGUGCGUGGUGAAACCCUAGCCCCGCUCUCGUCCGGUGCAUUCCAUCAGGAUUUCAGAUUUCACCGUCUCUUCUUACCUUUUUCCCGACUCCAUUUUCGAAAUUCUCCCCUCAGCGGAAGAAAUUCAUUCGCUUUCUUAACUCAAGAAGAAGAAAGGUAUAUUUGCAUAAUGGAGGAAUCAGAAAAGAGGAGAGAAAGGCUGAAGGCAAUGCGACAGGAAGCGGCCCAGGCAGGAACUCAGGAUGAAGUUGAGAAUUCUAUGGACCUAGCCAACCCGCUGAUUGAAUCACAGACGGCUCAGCCUGGCAUAGCUGAGCCAUAUUCAAGACCGAGGUUCGACUUCUAUACUGACCCCAUGGCAGCCUACUCCGCAGACAAGAGGAAGAGCAUGCACAGCCCUCGGGUCUCACAACCAUAUUCCACACCUCCAAGACCAGGGCACUCAGACUCUCCAGCUUAUCAUGCUCAGGGAAGCUACUUUCUAGAUCAAAGACCACAACAAGCACAUGGAGUACAUCACACCUUUAGCCCACUGCAAAGUAGUUUGCCUGGCACACUACCAGAAAAUCCUCCUAAUGUUUGGGGUAGUCCUGGUGGCAUACAUACCAGCAACUUUCCACCUAAUUACCCAAGAUCCAGUAACUUUGCAAACCAUAGAUAUGGACCAGGUAGCCCUGGUUUUGGUCACGUGCGAGGUAGUCCUGGUUUUGAUCAUGGGCGGGGUAGCCCUGGUUUUGAUCAUGGGCGGGGUAGUCCUGAUUUUUAUUAUGGGCGAGGAAGCCCUGGUUUUGAUCAUGGGCGGGGUAGCUCUGGUUUUGAUCAUGGGCGAGGUAGAGGAUAUGUAUUCAGUAAUAGCCCCCGGCCAUAUUCAGGACGUGCAUACAGCCCAUACCAAGGUUCAGGUAGAGGCAGGGGUAGAUGGCAAGGUAAUAAUGUUAGUUCUAGCUCUAUGCAGAGUGGCAGGAGAGGAUCAGGUAACCGGGAAUGCUCCUCAGCAGAGGCGAGACCAGAUCUAUAUUAUAACAAGUCAAUGAUAGAAGAUCCAUGGGAACAAUUGCAGCCCACCAUUUGGAAGAAAGUAAAUACUCCCUCAAAGGGCAUAGAUACCCCUGACUCACAUAAAUCAUGGCUUCCAAAUUCUGUCAGUAUGAAAAAGGCCAGGUUUGCAGAAGUUCAAGUGAAGUUAAGCACUCAGCAAAGCCUUGCUGAAUAUCUUGCUGCCUCGUUUAAUGAAGCAGCCAAUGAGGGUGUAAAUGACGAGUCUAGUGCAUGAUUUUGACUCAGAAAACGCAAAUAGAGCCAUGCAGUGACUACUGCUUCUAUCUGACACCUAGUAUUUAUAAGAAUCUUGUAAUUUUUCUAAAUAUUUGUCAUUUCAUAUUUAGCCAAAGCAAUCACAACAGAAAAAUGAGUGUUUGUUUUGAAA